CGAUUAUGCGAGCAAAAUGGGCCUCCAUGGUCCGAUGAUCUCGGCUAUCGAUCUCGACACCCGCAAUCUCGAAGCUCUGAGGGCUAUACCCAAGGGCGAGCAUAAUGGAGACACCAGAGCUCCUCUCUCGCUGGUCGAGCUCGAAGGGUUCCUCCCCGCUGAAAUGCUCGCCCCUGAGGGUGUGGAGACCAACUAUGCUCUCAUCCACUUUGGCAGCAUUGCCAAAGUCAGUGAGAUCGAUCCCAACCAGGGUCCUCGGCACCGGCGACUCGCACGCGGUUUUGUCGCUCAAGAAGCGCGAGGACGAGCCUGAGCCCCUGGUCUUCCUUGACUGCCUUCCGAACGUGCUUGACUAGCCCAAGCACGAGACCCAGACAACCAGAGUUGUGUGUCUGAACAAGGACGUCGAGGGCCGCUUCUGGGUCAUGGAGCGAGGUGUCAAGGGCAUCAUUGUUG